CAGUGCUAAGGGAGAGUUAGUAAGCGACAACACUUUAUUUUUCUGCGUUUCUGGUCUUAAAGUGUCGAAAGAAAGUUCGCGUUGAAAUUUUCACGAAUCGAGACCUCAGCAGUAAAUAAAUUCUGAAAUAUGUUUCGCCUUUUUGUGGUAAUGACGGUGUUCUUUAUGACGAUUGACGCGCAAUUGUACAGUCUGUUACGUCCAGAUCCUGGAAUGCAUGGGCCGUAUGGAAGAACUUAUCUACCCCGUGACACACUUUAUUCGGGCGUGGAUAUGGAUCGGAUCGAAUGAAUGUGAAGGGCCUGACACAGGUCAGCGACCGAAGUAACAAGACGGAUUUUCUUCCAAAAUUUUCGGAAAAAAUUGGCAUCAAGUCGCAACGAGUUCGUUCGUUAGGUCAUAAUCUUCCUUCAAUACGUCUGAUCAAUUUCAAAAACGUGUAUUACUAUGGCACUAUUAAUAUUGGAAUGCCACCACAAGAAUUUAAAGUCGUAUUUGAUACUGCUGCUGUAGAUCUUUGGGUAUUUUCCAGAAAUUGCCAAAUCCCUAUUUGUACAAAAAAUAAUCAAUACGAUAAUACAAAAUCCAAAACAUACAAUAAUAUAAAAAAGAGUAGAAAAAUUAUUUUACCAUCUAAAUGUUUCGAUGUAAAAGCAAUCUUAGCUAUUGAUACAGUGAAUGUUGCCAACCUCAAUGUAAAGAAUCAAACAUUUGCAGAAGUGGUACAUAUAAUGGAAGAUGUCGACAUAAUUGAAAAUAUAUGUGCUGAUCGAACAUUUGAUGGUAUCUUUGGCCUCAGAUCUUUUGAGCUAUAUGAUAAUGAUAUAACGCCUGUCUUUGGCAACAUGAUUCGACAAGGACUAGUGUCAUCACGCAUUUUCAGUUUUUAUCUAAAUAGAGACACUUCAGCCGAUUUAGGUGGUAUAUUGACAUUGGGUGGUUCCGAUUCUGCUUAUUACAAAGGGGGUUUUACAUACAUUCCUGUUACUGAUGGAUACUGGCAAUUUAUCAUUAAUAGAAUCGAAGGAGAACAUUUUACUUGGUGCGAUAGAGGUUGCCGAGGUAUUCUUGAUACAAGUGUUUGGAAAAUAAUUGGACCAAAAAAAGACAUUUUAUCUAUUAAUCAAUUUAUUAAAGUUGAUCCACAGGGAAGAGUGAACUGCAAUAGAAUUUCUCAAUUGCCUGCAAUCACAUUUAAUUUGGCUGGUAAGGAUUUCGAUCUUACUGGUAAAGAUUACAUCAUUCAGCAUCCAGAUGAUGAAAGUAUAUGUAUAACAGUCUUCUGGAAACACGACCGACCAUAUGACGAUGAAGUAACAUGGAUUCUGGGCAUGCCAUUUAUUGGCCGUUACUACACCAAGUUUGAUAUGGAGAAAAACCGAAUAGGGUUUGCUUUGGCGAAAAAUGUAUAGAAUUCAUCAAAAUGUAGGAAAUCUUUUAUUGUCACUUUUUAUUGUGUACUUUAUCAUCAUUUUUUAAAUUAUUUGUUUAGUUUUCGGUUAGAAAAAAAUUUAAUUUUUUUCCGAAUGUAUGAUUAAUCCGAAAUGUAUGAUUGAUCAUCAAUAAA